UUAGUCAUUGCAUUAAUGCUGAAACUAAAUUUUUUGUUGAACAGAGGCGAGAGAUUUGUGUUCGGGCAUCAUUAUCUGAGACCUCACGAGACAUAUCACGAACCGACGCGGAAGUUCUACGUGAACGAAGUUGUGUGCGCUCCGUUGUACGAGGCUGUCCCUUGCGAUCUCGUGGCCGAGCGUUGCUGGGUACUCGAUCCUCACACUUUCUGCAAAGGUCGCCCGGUCGGUUCUACUGCUGAACAUACAUACGUGUGUGAAUAUCGUGUUGAUCGUGCUGCGCGACUCUUCACGAAAGUGUCUCGAGCCAGGCAUCAAGUAUGCACAAAACCAUACGCAUUCGAAACCUUCCCACAGCGUAUAAAACAUUAUCGUACUUACUUGCCUCACAGCCUCGAAGGAAUUCAACUUGGCAAAAAGUUCUUCUUGUCGAAAGACAAGAAGAAGAAUAAUAACAAUCACGAGGUAGACGGGAAUCAGAAAAUGGAAUCCGGUGACAACACGAAGGCGCCCAACAAAGAGCCCAAAUGCGCCAGUGGUACCAGGACCAGACGAAGAUCGGGUGGCGAUAUCUUGACGAUCGCAACAUCCACAACGUCAUAUAUUCAGAGGGAAGAUCAGAAGAAGCGACUAAACAGUAUCCUCCUACAUCUACUGCAAAAAAUGCCGAAUAAAAAAGACCCGUUGGAUUUGUCUUUCCUUUUAGAAAGAAAUAGACGAAACCGAAAAAGACCCGGCGGGCUCAAUCCGUGACAAUGGGUAAUAUCGCAACGAUAAUACCGGUACUGUAUAUGAGCUAGACGACCUUCUGCUAACAUCAAUCUCAGUCAGAAUAAUUUAAGCUAAGUUAGAUAUAAGGUUAAUCCGUUCUAAACUCGGUUCUGCUAUAGGUCAAGGUCAUUGUAUAUCCUUCUCCCUUAACGAGGAAAGCAUCAGAGAAAUGAGGAAAGUGUGUGACUCCUCUUCGUAUAACCCGUCCAUUGAUAUAAUUUAUAUCAAUAUCGUAGAGAGUCGAGAGUAAAAUAUUCGUUAUCAGAACAAUUAUCAGUCGGUAUUUUUCUUAUGAUUUCUUUUAUAUCCUCUUUUUUUCCUUUUAUAGAUCAGGCUAAGUAUUAUCUAUUCGAUUUGCUUCCGAAUAGGUUUUUUGUUAUCUAUAACGAGUCUUGACUCACGAUAUUCAGUCAAUCACGUUACGAGUAACUUAUGAGUACUCAGAAUUCAGUGUACCAUGUUAAUUUCACUCCAGUUAGAGGGUAUUUAGCGAAGGAGAGCUAGUUAAUCGUUUCUCCCAACAGCAAAUAAUGAGCUAUUACGUUAUUAAUAUAAUUAUGACUCACGUACUCUUGUAUAGAAUCGUUUGUAUAGCUUUUUUUCAUAGUUAUUAUUUCAUAGUAAUGAUUAUAGCUGAAUGUACAAAUUACAAAGUUACAAUUACAAGUUAUACGGGAUAAAACUCCUAAAAUGGGAUAAACGUUAUAUCCAGUGUGAGAUGUAGAAAAUAUCGGUAUAAAUAACGCGCGUGCGCGCGCGCGCGCGUAUAUGCGUGUGUGUAUGAGUGAUUGAUGCUUUACUGCACAGAAGUAAUAUUAUAUUUUUCAUAAUCCCGGUGUGUGUUAUUCAAAUCAAAUGUAACAUAUAACUUUCUCCAGUUUACGGAAGAAUCUUUACGCGAAUGUAUAUUUAAUUUAUUGAUAUAUAUUGAAUUAUUGUAGUCGAACGCGACUGGACGGCGGUCGCAGUGAUUCCAAUAUUGUAUAUAUGUACUCGCUGCGCUCCAUAUUUAUUAUUGCAUUACACAGUAUGGUAGAUACAUCUUAUGAUAUAUAAAUAUCUUUAAUAUACGCCUUACUUCUUUCAUUCUUCUUUUUGUUCGUAUGAGACUAUCCUAUAAAGUAGACUUUACUUUUAUGAAAAUUUUCUCAUAGUAUUAUGUUUCCAUUGACGUAAGACUAAAACGCACAUAUAUGUAAAUAAUAUAUUAUUUUAAUAUAAUAUAUUAAUGUAUAUAUUAUAUUAUUAUACAUAUAUGUUUAUAUAUAUAUAUAUAUACCUAUAUAUAUUUAUAUGCAUAUUAGAAGUAGUGCAGUAACACGCUUUUGUGUAUAUUGAGCGCACGAAAUUAAUACGAGAGCUAUUUAUUUUAUUUAAAUAACAAUCCUCAAUUCUUUUCAGGAAAUUAAAUUGUAAUAGGCGUAUAUAAGAGCUCAACACGCAAAUUCCAUACAAAGUGCGUAACUAACGAAGAAUAGAAACUAUAAGAAACAGAAUAAAACAUGAUAUGAGAUGUUACAAAAGUUUCGGUCUUAUUUUUGGACGCUUCUCAAUGCAAAGUAAAUACCGUUACAUAAUCGAUAUGAUGCAAUCGUCAAUAGUUUACGGAAAAAAAGUAGUAGAGUUGUGUAAAAAAGCGAAUAGAUCUAAUAAAACGGAAACAUUUUGUUGACAUUGCAUCGGGUUUUGCUUCAUAUUAUGACCGAUAAUUUUUUCUUUGUUUUACGCAUUUAGAACUUGCGUUCGCUUCUUAGGCCUAUCGCAAUCUUAUUUCUCUGAUUGUAUAUUAUACCAUAUCAAGUAUAAGAGCUUUAUUUAUAAUUUUUCUUCUAAUUUUUUUUCUUUUGGCAACAAGCGCUUGCGCAUUUCUAUUCGAUGUAUCUCUAUGUAAUAUCAUCAAAAUAUUUAUUAUAUUGUGUAAUCCAAAAAUAAAAGAAAUAGGAAAGGUAAGGAGAAUACUAAACUUCGAAGCUGGCCUUCUAACGUAAGCUGACGUAAUAUAGGAGAAAGAGAGAAACACGCGGUGUGUGUGAGCUGUUUUUAAAUUAGAUUCAAAGCGUUAUUACCGACCCGAGUUCGCAUUCGUUGGUUUUCGGAGAAGCGUAUAUCGAGAAGAGGACGACAUUGGACACGCGGAACGAUAUCGUCGCGCAUCUUUUCCAUGACACGAAAGAAGAGGCGGGGGGAGAAGCAGGAGGAAGUUGCAUCAUUUUUCCAUUCGAUUAUAUCGAUGCGAUUAUCGUCCGUUUAAGAAUAACGUAAGGAAUGCAACGUAUAUUUGUAUCAUAUUGAUAUCGAAGACAACGACGGCAAUAAUUGAGAGGAUAUAUUAGUUUAUUCUAAAAUAUAUAGUUGCGAUCUUACACGGCGUCUAUAUAUCAUUAUUACGCACGAGUGUAUAUUCUGUGCGAGGUGUUUUCCAGCUACUCAAAAUUAUUAUUUUACUAAUCGUACAUUCUUUCUGCUUUUCUUUCCUUUCUUAACGCAUUCGAACGCUGUACUACACGACGUAUUUUUUUUUUUGUAAUAAUAUCCGAAUGAGUCGCGCGAUGCCAGAUGGAUGCGGAACCUCUUUUCUUUUCUCUUCUUCUCGAUUUCAUGCGAUAACGACAUUAACAAAGUUACGGUGAUAUGUGUAACAUCGAGUUUUAACCAAACGCAGCUUCGUCGAAAGCUUAUUGUGCGACUGCACACUACGACACAAAUUAUAUUACUGAACGUGUUUCGUACAAUAUUAAGCAGACAUUAUUAUAUCACGCAGCUUAUAAUUUUGCCGGGCUUCCGCUCAGUAUAACGUGUCAUCACUCGAUCAUGUAUUAAUUUUAUCGAUUCACAUGUUAUCGGCUAAGAGCGAUAAGGUCGAUCGAGAUAUAUAAUGUAUCGCGCGCAAUAAAAGGAUCAUUGUAUUUUCGUACUUGAAGAUCGGUAAGGUGCGAUUAUUUCUUUCACGUCUAGGAUAUAUCUUUCGUUUUAUAUGUUUACUAAAUCACUCUGAUCGUGAGAAAAAGCGCGGCUACUCUACUCUCAUAUCAAGCGAUUUCGUGCACUUGAUUUCAAUGCACAAUUUGAACUCUUCUCUUUUUUUUCGAGUAGCAACAUUAGGACGCGGCUCCAACGGUCCGAUGAGAGAACUUAUAACAUCUGAAAAUUAAUCAAAAACAAGUUCUCUCACCGAAUAAUCGGCUGCGUUCCAAACUAUAACUCGAAAGAAAAAAAGUGAUUCAACCGUAUUGGAAUUAAGUUUGCACACCUCCAUUAAGCGACAUUUUUUUCUUUUUCUCCCUUUCAUUUUUUCUUUAAAUUGUCGUACACGUAUAUUAGUACGACACGAGAUGCAUUAAUGACAUUUUUCCUUUGUUUUCCUCUUUUUUUGAUCAAUCGAUCAUUCAUAACAGUAGCUGUGUAAUAACUUGCCUCUUGAGUUCGCUUACAUAUAAUUAACACACUAUUAUAACAUUUAGAUAUAAUCAAAAGACACGAGAGAGAGAGAGAGAGAAAGAGAGAAAGAAAGAAAGAAAACGAAUUAUUGUUGCGACGACAGGCUUUCAGCUACCUAUGUAGUGCAUGUACAGACCAUUGUAUUGUACUCUGAUGAACACAAAUACACGUGAAGUUUCCUUAUA